CCAGGCUCCGCGAGCAGGCCCACAGAGAUGAUUAUAUGAUUGGAAAAUUAGACCCAGGAGGCAAGUUGAAAGGAACUGGGACUGGCUGCGCAAGAGGAGGUGUGAAUGGGCCCAGGAGGGGAGGACGUAUAGCCCAUACCGUGGCUGCUGGAAGAACAGCUGAUUUCCAUGCCACUUGCAUGAACCCUGGUGUGAAAUGAACCCGGCAAGGACUUGUCCCACUCUUCCUGGCUUCCCUCGUUGAGCCCUCCAGAGCGAUUGUUGCAGUGCUGCUUAAUUGUGUGUCCUAGCCUCCUCCUCUUGCCAAGGAAAACAGCCCAGCCUCAAGGAGGAGGAGGAGGUGUCCCCAAGCUCAUCUGUCGGCCCGAUCAUGAACACAGGCAAAGCUGAUGAUGGCCAGGGCUCCCAAGGGCCACGGGAGCCCACGGGGUCGGGACUCCAGGAGCAGCACCUCUAGUGAAGCUGGUGUCCAGGACUGACCACCAUGCCCAUCACCCAGGACAACGCCGUGCUGCACCUGCCCCUCCUUUACCAGUGGCUGCAGAACAGCCUGCGGGAGGGCGGGGACGGCCCCGAACAGCGGCUGUGCCAGGCGGCCAUCCAGAAGCUGCAGGAGUACAUCCAGCUGAACCUGGCUGUGGACGAGAGUGCGGUCCCACCUGACCACAGCCCCCCAGAAAUGGAGAUCUGUACCGUGUACCUCACCAAGCAGCUGGGCGACGCAGACACGGUGGGUCUCAGUUUUGGGAACAUCCCUGUGUUCGGGGACUAUGGGGAGAAGCGCCGAGGGGGCAAGAAGAGGAGGACCCACCAGGGCCCCGUGCUGGACGUGGGCUGCAUCUGGGUGACGGAGCUCCGGAAGAACAGCCCGGCGGGCAAGAGUGGCAAGGUCCGACUCCGCGAUGAGAUCCUUUCCCUGAACGGGCAGCUGAUGGUUGGAGUUGAUGUCAGCGGGGCCAGUUACCUGGCUGAGCAGUGCUGGAAUGGCGGCUUCAUCUACCUGAUCAUGCUGCGGCGCUUCAAGCACAAAGCCCGCCCCGCUUACAAUGGCAACGGUAACAGCACAGAACCAGGAGACGUUCCUCCCUUGGAGCCCAGUGACCAAGCUUCCAAGAAGGGGAAAAGAGCAAGGAAGUUUGGUGUCAUUUCCAGACCUCCUGUCCCCAGGGCCCCCGAGGAAGCCAAGAGCAGUGCUGGCUGCGAGUUGGCAGAUGAGGCCAGCUCUGAGCUGGAGAAUGGCACAGAGCCUGAACUUGGAAACGGGCAUGCCUUCGAGCUAGACGGUGGUCCGCAGUCUCUCAAGGAGGUGGCUGGACCCCAUCUGGAGAAGUCGGACGUGGACACAGGGGCUGAGCACGCAGCUCCGCAGACAGAUGUUCCUCCGACCACUAGCAAUGACAAACGCCGUUUCUCCAAACCUGGGAAGACGGACUUCCAAUCGAGUGACUGCCUGGCACGGGAGGAAGUUGGCCGAAUAUGGAAGAUGGAGCUGCUUAAAGAAUCAGAUGGGCUGGGAAUUCAGGUUAGUGGAGGGCGCGGAUCAAAGCGCUCUCCUCACGCUAUCGUUGUCACCCGAGUGAAGGAAGGAGGUGCCGCUCACAGGGAUGGCAGGCUGUCCUUAGGAGACGAGCUGCUGGUAAUCAAUGGUCACUUACUGAUCGGGCUGUCCCAUGAGGAAGCUGUGGCCAUUCUCCGCUCAGCCACUGGAAUGGUACAGCUGGUGGUAGCCAGCAAGGAGACCUCAGCAGAGGACCUGCUGAGGUUAACGUCGAAGAGUUUGCCCGACCUGAACAGCUCGGUAGAGGACGUGUCCUCUUGGACGGACAACGAAGACCAGGAGCAAGACGGGGAAGAGGAGGGGACAGGCUCGUCAUGUGUCCAGGGAGUGGUGCCUGGGCCCCACGACUCCCAGGAAGUGGGUGGCUCUGAGGAAUCCAAGGGAAACUUGGAAAGUCCCAAACAAGGCAGCAGUAAAAUGAAGCUCAAGAGUCGUCUGUCAGCAGGGGGUGUCCACCGCCUUGAGUCUGUUGAAGAGUAUAAUGAGCUGAUGGUGCGCAACGGGGACCCCCGGGUCAGGAUGCUGGAGGUCUCCCGAGAUGGCCGGAAGCACUCCCUUCCGCAGCUGCUGGAUUCUACUGGAUCAUCACAGGAAUACCACAUCGUGAAAAAGUCCACUCGCUCCCUGAGCACCACCCACGUGGAGUCUCCUUGGAGGCUCAUUCGGCCAUCGGUCAUCUCCAUCAUUGGGCUAUACAAAGAGAAAGGCAAGGGCCUUGGCUUCAGCAUUGCUGGAGGUCGAGACUGCAUCCGAGGCCAGAUGGGGAUUUUUGUCAAGACCAUUUUCCCAAAUGGAUCAGCUGCAGAGGAUGGAAGACUUAAGGAAGGGGAUGAAAUCCUGGACGUAAAUGGAAUACCAAUAAAGGGUUUGACAUUCCAAGAAGCCAUUCACACCUUUAAGCAAAUCCGAAGCGGGCUGUUUGUGCUAACGGUGCGCACGAAGUUGCUGAGCCCCAGCCUCACACCGUGCUCAACGCCCACGCACGUGAGCAGAUCAAGCUCCCCAAACUUCAACAGCGGCGGGGGGAACUCGGCAGGCGCCUCUGAUGACGUUGGUUCCUCCUCCCUCGGUCGCAAGACUCCUGGGCCCAAAGACAGGAUUGUCAUGGAAGUCACACUCAACAAAGAGCCAAGAGUUGGGUUAGGCAUUGGAGCCUGCUGUCUGGCCUUGGAAAACAGCCCUCCAGGUAUCUACAUUCACAGCCUUGCACCCGGAUCAGUGGCCAAGAUGGAGAGCAACCUGAGCCGUGGAGACCAGAUCCUGGAAGUGAACUCGGUGAACGUGCGCCACGCCGCCUUAAGCAAGGUGCAUGCCAUCUUGAGCAAGUGCCCCCCGGGACCCGUUCGCCUGGUCAUCGGCCGACACCCAAACCCAAAGGUCUCUGAGCAGGAAAUGGAUGAAGUGAUUGCACGCAGCACUUACCAGGAGAGCAAAGACGCCAGCUCCUCACCCUGCUUAGGUACACCCCUGAAGAGCCCCUCUCUUGCCAAAAAGGACUCCCUCCUUUCUGAGUCCGAGCUCUCCCAGUACUUUGCCCGCGAUGGCCAGGGCUCCUUGUCAGACUUAAUGGUGGCUGGCUCCGAGGACGAGGACCACCCAGGAAGUGGCUGUGGCACAUCGGAGGACGGCAGUCUGCCUCCUGGCCCCUCCAGUGACCAGGAGAGCCCCCGGGGCUCCUGGGCCGCGCAGUGCACUCAAAAGGAGCCAGGAAAACCCAGGGCCAACAGCCUUGUGGUUCUCGGAAGCCAGCGGACCUCUGGGCUCUUCCACAAGCAAGUGACAGUCGCCAGGCAAGCCAGUCUCCCUGGAAGCCCACAGGUGCCCAGGAACCCUCUUCUCCGCCAGAGAAGAGUACGCUGUUACGAUGCCAAUGAGGGCAGCGACGAGGAAGACUUAGACGGGGCGGGAGACUGCAUUUCCCUCCCAGGAGCCUUGCCAGGUCCUAGCCGGCCUCCAACGGGGGAUGGCACUAGACGUGCCUCGGCAACCUCUUCCAAAGUCAUGGGUGUCGACAAGCAGGAGGAGCAACCCCAGAAACUGCUGGUCAGUAAGGCCUGCUCUGUGCCUCUGCUUGGGAGCUCCCUGGACUUAGAAGACAGCAUCCCUGUGGGGACGGUGGGCACCGCCUCCAGAGCAGCCAGCCUUCCAGGCGCCGCAGAAGCCCCCAAGAGUAGCCAUGGAGGCUCAGGGAAAAGGGAAUUGACAGGAUCUAGGAGUUCCCCCAAAUUGGAAUACAAAGUCCCCACAGACACCCAGAGUUGUCUGAGGAGCCCCGAGAACCCUGUUCCCCCACCACAGAAGAAUGAAAACCUGGCGUCCAGGCACAAACCUGUUGCCAGGGUCAGCCCGCACUGCAAGAAGGCUGAGGCUGAGGCUAAGCCCAACGGUGCAGACACAGUGUCCCUGCCUGGCAGAGCUAAUGGACCGUGUGAUCAGGACUUGAAAGUCCCGGCCACUUCCUCCAAAGAGACCAUCAUCACUGGCUGUCAGUCAGGGGGAACUGCAGAAAAGGGACCUCCGGGAAAUCCCACCUCUGGGGACGGACACAUCCCCAGCAACUGUGGACCAGCCAGUACCCCGGGCCACCCAGACAGCGGACUCCUCACAGAGACCCUUCCAGGAGCUGCACCAGGGCAUGGGCAAUACCCUGUGACUGAAUGCAGAGGCUCCCCAGACCUCCUCCCUUCCCCAGGGAAGACGCGGGCAGCUCAUCCUGACCCCACUAAGAUCUCCACAGUCACGGGGCACAUCCACCAGCCGGAGAACCUCCACCAGCCUGCAUCGCCCGGGGCCUCAGAGCCCGAGUCCCAGGACAGAUCCGCCAUGGCACUGGCACGUGAGGUCAGUGCAUGCCCGGGACAGAAGGCACCUGUUUCUUCUGCUGUAUGCAGGACUCAGGAUGUCCCUGGAGCCAACUCACCCCAUAACACCAGGAGGGUAGCUGCCCCUGGGGACACAAGAGGAACUCCAGCCAGUGCUCUUCUGUCCCAAGACCAUCUCAUGUCACCAGAGAAGAGUGCAGGAAUCCCAGAUAGCCACAGCAAGGCUUCACAAAGGACAGGAGUCCCCGUACCCGAAUGCUCGCAAGAUGUUGCUCAGCUUCAGGACCCAGACUGUGUGCAUACAAGGACAUCACAGGCCAGCCCCUCCCUGCCGAUGGCCACCAACAGGCCCCUGAAUGCGUGUGGCAGUGUGUCGGGGCACUGUUGUCCUUUGGGGAGCCGAGAAAGCCCCGUGACGGAUAUUGAUCACUUUAUCAAGGAGUCUGAGGCCUCUGAGACAAGCUCUCGGUCUUCCCAGAAAGCAGGCUGUGGGGGUCCCCAGGGCAGUCCUCAGGGUAAACCACCACCAGGAGCUGGAAGUGGCAGUCCCCACCCUAGCCAGCCGAUCACAGGCGAUCAGCCACCCUCCCCAAGGAAGGUCUGGGCUACAGGUCCACCCUCACCCCCACAGUGGACCUCCCAGCCUUCCGUUUUGGAUUCCAUCCAUCCUGACAAACAUUUCGCUGUGAACAAAAACUUUUUGAGCAACUAUUCUCGGAAUCUUAGCAGUUUUCACGAAGACAGUAUGUCCCAGUCAGGCCUGGGUGACGGCAUGGAGCUGUCACUGUCAUCAUCCAUGUACGGCGAUGCAGAAGACUCAUCUUCCGACCCUGACUCUCCGGCGGACGGCCCACAAGCUCCCUCCAGGGACAGCUGGUCACCCCCUCAUUCCCGCGGCUCUUCUCCCAAGGAGGACACUACGGAGUCUGAGGAGGAGCAAAUAGAAAUCUGCUCCACAAAUGGUUGUCCCAACACCUCGCCAGUGACUGGGCAUCCUCCUGCCCAGGCUGCACCCAGCCCAGCUUCAGCCAGAGGUCUGCCAUUACAGUGUGGUGCUCCGAAUGAAGGGGGAAAGAACCCGGAUGAGGGCACUGGCUUCCUUCCAGGCUCCCCACGCCCCUCCGUCCGCAGCUCGUCCCAGCCACUCUCUCUCCCGGCUGUAAGCUCUCAAGAGCAUGAACCACGGGUAGACACAAGCGUCUCGCCGAGCCACAGGCCCUUGAGCACGGGGGAAGUGAUGACAGUCACCGGCAGUGUCAGCCAGCCCUCUGAAGCCACCAGGCACUGCCACCCUCAAGUGGUAAAUGGCUUGGGACGGGAGCUGCUGUUGGAUGAGACCCUAAUGAAAGAAACAAAUGGGAAUGCCACCAUGGACAGCGUGUAUGCCUUGGGGACAGAUGGCCCUAAGAAUGGAGAGUCUGUUUUGUCAAACUUGCACUUCUCCGAGAGUCACGACCUGGCCGACUUGUUACAGAAACCAAAAAUGAUCUCCAGGAGGCCCAUCAUAGCCUGGUUUAAAGAAAUCAAUAAGAACAGUCAGGGCGCACAUGUGCACGGCAAAAGCGAGAAGGAGCACCCCACGGCGAUGGCCAGAAGUCCCGACUGUAAAACUCACGUGCACCCCAGCAGCCACAGAAAGGGGGCGGCCGUGCCUGGCAGUAGCCCUGCACCGAGAAACAGCCAGGAAAGUAAAAAAAGUUCCAUGGAGACGCUGCUCAGUCACUGCCAGAAGCCCAGGAGCGGCCCGAGGUUGAAGAGACUGAGCAUCAAAAGCAAAGGGAAAGUUGGCCCCGAGGCCCCUGCGGCCGCUUCCACGAAGGCCGCGGCGCUGGACCUCCGGAAGUCCUUCCUCUCCCCGCAGACCUCCCAUCAAGUGCAAUGUAAGGGAACGUCACACCGCUUCCCCGCAGCCGAGCACGAGGAGGGACCGAGCAUCAACCCUGCUGACAGCCCCCAGUCUCCCCGGGUCGUGCCAGGGAGCCAGCUGCCCCCCGCAGGCUCGGCGAGGGCCUCCGCAUCAGAGAUGGGCAUCCGGACGUCACCUUCGCCACUGACUUCUCCCAAGACUGUCCCCGAGCAAGGCGCGGGGAGUCCCUUCCACGCUGUCCGCUCGGAAUCGGACAGAAGUUGUCCCGCCACCCCCAAGUCCUCUAGGUGUGGAGCAGAGGGCAGGGUGCCUCGGAGCACUGUGGCCUUGGCAGGGGUCGGCCACGUGGACCCUUUGUCAGAAGCAGCCCAGCCCAGGGGAGCCAGUGAGAAAGGAAGCAAAGGGAUGGCUAGUGAGCCCCUAGAGAAGACAAACCAGCUGAAAAUAGUGGAGAUUUCUGCGGAAAGAGUGCCCAAAAAUGCACGCGGUAACAAGCCAGCGGAAAGUGACAGACGGGAGGGCUUCCUGGCCCAGAGCAACUGUCAGAGAAAUGAAGGUAGAUUUCACCAGGCAGUCGACUCGUCCGCAAAUCACCCAUCCUCACUCCUGCCUCAUGCCUCCCAAACAGACCAGGAAAUGCCACGGUCCCUCAGCAUGGCCAAACUAGCUUCCUCCUCCUCCUCCUCCCCACAGCUACCUACUAAAAGGGCAGAUUCCUCCCAGGGAAGAUCAAGCCAGGUGCCAACCUCCCUAGGGAUGCUCAAGAACAGCACCCCGACAGGCUCUGGGGGAGAGGAGCCCUCCUACUUCACACCAAGGCCAGCCACCAGGACCUACUCCAUGCCAGCCCAGUUCUCAAGCCACUUUGGACGGGAGGCUGUGUCCCCACACAGCCCAAGUCGCUCUCCUCAGGACAGCCAGGGCCAUGCGACAAGCAGUGGUCUCUCCGAGGCAAAAGCCUCCAAAGGCGGUCUUCUUGGCCUGGCUAACGGACAGGGUGUGUACAGUGUGAAGCCUCUGCUGGAACCGUCGAGAAACCUCCCGGUGAAGGAUGAAGAGGCUGUCAGCGAGGCUGUCAGCGGGACGAGAUGCCUCGGGCCAGACAAGGUCAAAGUCACCAGGAGGCAUUACUACUAUGAGCAGAACUGGCCUCACGAAUCUACCUCGUUCUUCUCUGUGAAACAGAGGAUCAAGUCUUUUGAGAACUUGGCCAAUUCUGACCGUCCCGCAGCCAAGUCCGCGGCGUUUCUGUCGGUGAGCUCCAAGCCGCCCGUCAACAGGCGGUCAUCCGGCACCCUCACCCCUGGGGGCCUCGGCCACCCCAGUGAUGCAGCAGCAGCAGCAAGGUCGCUGAGGCGCAGCCUGAGCUCCUGCAGCGAAAGCCAAAGUGAGGCCAGCGCCCUCCUCCCGCCAAUGACCAAGUCCCCAUCCAGCAUGACUCUGACCGUCUCCCGACUGAAUCCGCCCGAGACCGCUGCCAAGGGCCCCAAUUCAGACCCAAAGAGAUCACUCGCGCCUUCAGGAAUUCCCGCCCCGGCGGCGGCGAGCCCAGCCUCUCCGGUGAAGAAGAGCAAGUCCUCGGUCCGCCACGCCCAGCCUUCGCCCGUGUCGCGCUCCAAGCUGCAGGAGCUGAGGGCCUUGAGCAUGCCCGACCUGGACAAGCUGUGCGGCGGGGAGGCAGGCCCCGGCGGCGGGGCCAUGCUCUUCCGGACCCAGCUGGAGAUCGUCCCCAGGAGAUCGCUUGGCUCCCCUGUUGACUCCUCCACUGAAGUCCUCCUCGAUGGGCCAGCCUCCCUUUCAUGUCCUGGGAACAGUGGGGCCAGCCUUGAGCCCACAGCACCCAGCACAGCCGGCGAAGGAAGUGAACCCACCCAGGCCCUUCCCGCUGGAAAAAGCUGGUCAGUGAGUCUGGAUCAACUUCUCAUGUCGGCGGGGGACCAGCAGAAAUUACAGGCAGUCUUACUGUCGGUGGGGUCUACAUCUACUACCCUGUCUCUCAUCCAGGAAGCGAGAACACAGUCAGAGGAUAAAGAAGAUACUUGCUUCAUAGUCCUGAAUAAAAAAGAAGGCUCAGGUCUGGGAUUCAGUGUGGCAGGAGGGACAGAUGUGGUGCCAGAAUCAAUCAUGGUCCACAGGGUGUUUUCUCAGGGAGCCGCUUCUCAGGAAGGGACUAUAAGCCGAGGGGAUCUCCUUCUCUCGGUCAACGGCACCUCAUUAGCUGGUUUAGCCCAAAGCGACAUCAUGAAGGUUCUGCAGCAGGCACAACCACACAGACAUGCCCUCAUCGUCAUCAAGAAAGGAGGUGGCCAGCCCAGGCUCUCCCCCAGGCAGGAGCUCCCCACCGCCAAUGGCAAGGGGCCCCUGCCCAGAAAGGCCAUGGCACAGGAGCGUGGAACUGGGAGGAGCGGGGCUGCUCUGAGCGUUGAAAUGCUGAAGACCUCAGCUGGGCUGGGACUGAGUCUGGAUGGUGGAAAAUCGUCCGUGUCUGGAGAUGGACCCCUGGUUAAAAGGGUGUACAAAGGUGGUGCAGCUGAACAGGCUGGAACAAUAGAAGCUGGAGAUGAAAUCCUCGCAAUUAAUGGGAAACCCUUGGCUGGGCUCAUGCACUAUGACGCCUGGAACAUUAUGAAGUCUGUUCCCGAAGGGCCUGUGCAGUUAGUGAUUAGAAAGCACAGGAAUUCAUGAAUUUUCUUCUUACUUUAGUGAAGCGGAAUGACUUCACGAAAUGAUGAUGUCUUAACACAACCAAUAAGUUUAGAUGAGGCCUCUAAUCUACAUUUCAUUUACAUGAAGCCGGACCUAUUAAGUGGCAGCAGCAAUGAAACUCAACUCUGAAAACCUUCCACCCAAACCACCGUGGCCGGGAGGGCUGUGUUCCGGUGCCUGUCCCCUCCCUCCUUUGAUGUUUGCGGUGGGGACACAACAGAUAACAUUCCCUUCUGCAUCUGAACCACCUACCUACACCUUCACAUCCCUCUUGCCACCUCUCCCAACACACAAGCCUGGUGUAGGGACCUGACGGAUGACACAAAUGCCCCAGCUAAAAAGACGUAUUUAUAUAUAUAUAUAGUAUAUAUAAUUUUGUAAGUAAAUGACAUAUUAGGUGCAUUUAAUGGAAGGAAGAAGUAUAGGUCUAUGUAGAUUACUCUGAAAAGGAGACUUAACAAAAAUGAAUUAUGACCUAAUUGUUAGGCUGAGCUCAGGAAUUAUCCAAGUAACGAAUAAUGAUGGAAAUUUCAGAAAGUACUGUUUGUAAUGAGUGUAAUGUAUGGGUGCAGAGUUCAACUCCACGGGUCACAGACUGGGAAGUACUGAGCAUUUUCUGUUCCUGCAAGUUGAAGUUGCCCGGCUGCUUGACAGGGUGACUGUUCUGAUAAACUAUACUAAGUAGCUGGGCGCACCAGCUCAGAGAGAACUUUGUGUCCAGUUUUCAAACUGCUGAAGAAAAUGCUCAAACUUAAGACUGGUCAGCACUAGAGCAGACAAAUCCACCAGUAACUGGGUUCCAUGUCUGUGUAUUCUACUCCAACCACCAACUGAAACUUAGAUUUUUAAGAAAUCAACUCCUCGGAUUUAUAACCAGGUAUUCUGUGAUCUCUGAAGAGCUUAAAAUAAUCCUCAUGUGGAGGUUUGCCUGUCUGGUUUUUCUCUUCCCCAACAUGCUUAAAUAUAGUUUCUAACUAUUGGCUCUCUUUCCCUGACCUGAUCCAAGACAGUGCUCCACAGACUGGGGAUUUUUUUGUUGUUGUUGCUGUUGUUUUUGGUUUGGUUUGGUUUUCCUGUUUUGCACAUUCUUCCUGUUGCCAAAACUGAGGUCCUGCAGACAAUUCUGACUCACUUUGCUUGUGAACUUGCCAGGCUGCCCUGAGUGUUUUUGGAGCCCUUCUCUUCCACGGGCCUCCUCAUCACAAGGCUGGCUUUCUCCCUUCGCACGGUCCUUUAUUUCUUAAAUUCCAAAGCCUCAUCAGCUUCACAUACCAAAACUCAUAAGGAGGGAAAUGGGAAAACAGGGUGAGCAACUCUCAAGGAAAAAAAAAAAGACUCUAGUAUUUGCAACCCUGAUGCCCCAAGAGGCACAGACCAGUGCUUUCUGGGGUACAGGUGAGCACUGCAUGCUUCAGAUUUUUGUUGAUUUCUUUAAAUAACCAACAGCUGAAUCUAUGGCAGGUCAUGGAGGUGCUUAAACUGUUGGCUUUAUACAUCAUUUCUCCGAGACCGAUCCUACUGGCCUAAUCUGUGGUACAGGGAGGCCAGGGGCCCCUC